CGACUGUUAGCGACAAACAUAUAAAGAUAACGCGCCGUAUACAUAGUUAGAUGGGAGUACUAUUUCGUCGUACAAAUAAAUGACACGCAAUAGUGAAGAACCAAUAAAAAACGAGGCGCAAAUACGUGUUUUUUUAUAAAUUAAGUGGUCAAACACAAAAACAUUUCCUCGUACAUCAUUUGUAACGGUUUGCAAAACAGUCGUGUGCCGUAGCAGUGUGUGAUAACGUGAAAAUCGAAUGUUUUGAUGUCGCGAGGCAUGACCACGGCAUGACUUCCAUGCCCUGCGUACCUACGGAAGGGCGUGCGGUGCGAAUUACGUUUACUAUGAAUGAUUUUAUCUCUUUCUAAACUCGAGUGUCUGUGAAUGACCGAGUGUAACAGCGAGCGUACCAAAUUAUGGAUUGAAAUAGUGUUUGUUGUUGAUGUAUUAUGAUUAUUUCGUAGAGAUAAGAUUUUUAACAUUAGUGUUAUCGUGUUAGUGAGGACUCGCCGCAGUUCUGCCCACGGAAUAAAUUCUUAUGGUACUACGUCGGAUUCGUUACGCCGUUCGAUUUAUCAUAACGAGGUAGUAUUUACGCACUAUAUGGUGAUUAUUUUAAGUAUUUUUAGUCGUGGCGCGUGUCCGCCGACGGUGUUUUACUAUUCGUCGUUUAUUAGGGUGACUUUCAUCAUUGGUGUAAACAACUUCAAGGUUAUCGGUUGGCAUGUGCCAGAGUCGUUAGGUGCGGGACUGGGAUGCAGGAGUGAUGUCGGCGGUGGGAGGCGGGGGCGCGGGCGCCGUGGUGCGCCAAGGGCAACUGCGGAAGCUGAAGACGAUGAAAAAGAAGUACUUCGUGCUGCGCGCGGAGACCCCAGAGUGUUCAGCCAGGCUGGAGUACUAUGAGUCGGAGAAGAAGUUCCGCGCGGGAGUGGCGCCGCGCAGGGUGCUGCCACUCAAGAGUUGCUACAACAUCAUGCGGCGGCUUGACCUUAAGCAGAAGCAUGUGAUCGCGCUGUUUACGCGUGAGGAACAGUUCUGCAUUGUGGCGGACAAUGAGCAGGACCUGCAUGCCUGGCUCACUGCCAUUCUGAAGCAGCACCGCAGUGAUGAUGCUAGUGAUGAGCUGCUUCAUCCAAUACAGCAUGUGUGGCAAGUUAACGUACAGAAAAAAGGCCUGGGUGCGACGAAGAACAUCCAGGGUCUGUACAACCUGUGCCUCACCGACAAGACCCUCACUCUGGUCAAGAUCAAGAGUCAUAAUAAUGUGAUCAGCGAUCUUGGUCUACUGGAGCGCGUUGAAUACUCUUUGAAGAACAUUCGGAGAUGUGGCGAUUCUGAGCGUUUCUUCUACAUGGAGGUUGGGCGGCAGACGACGACCGGCGCUGGAGAACUCUGGAUGCACACGGACGACUCCAACAUCGCGCAGAGCAUGCACUCCACUAUAUACCAUGCGAUGCGUGACUGUGCGAAAGAGACAGAGAAUGAGCGAGACCACAUCGUUCUACCGAAGGGGCCCGGCGACAAUGCGUUGCCGGCCCGACGGCAAUCCUAUUCCGACGGCAGGGGCCGAGCUGGUCUCACUAACGACGCGGAGACGUUACGGAACCGAUGUGUUAGUAUGCCGUCGAGGGCGUGUUCGUCGUUUGAAGUGGACAGACCGUCUUCCAGAUACCCUGAAGUUGAUGGUUUGGAAGUGUCUCGCGAUGAAGCGGACGCAGUGACUGACUGGUACCGGACGCCGCGCAUACCAGAGGAACCGGACUGCUGCGACAUAUCUAGAGACUUUAUGAGCUCGUCGCUAGUGGGCGCGGGGUCGGUGGCGCACUCGCGCACGUCGUCAGUGGGCGAGGCGGGCGCCGGGUACCUGCCCAUGGCGCCCGGACACGACCCGCUCGCCGGCCUCAUCUCCGCCUCCAGCGGGUCCCUCUGCAGCGGGACCCCCUCUACGGACCCACGGUUUAGUGAGUACCAGCUAGAGCCCGCCACAUCCCACAUCGGGUUGGAGCGCCCCCCGCGAGCCUAUAGCGUGGGGUCCCGGCCCGCCGGAGCCCCCGCGCCAGAGGCCCGCCAUCGCGCCUACAGCGUGGGGGCCCGAGCACGACCCCCGCGGCACCCAGUGCGGCCCAACACUGACGACCACAUGGAGAUUGACUUCUCCAAUAAUUCCCCUGCGAAUAGGUUGUCAUCUCAAAUGAUGUCUCGCACCCCACCGACGGCUUGUUUCGUGGAGCCACGGCCGAAGACAAAUGUGGACGAGUACGUGGACAUGUCUCCGCGUAACGCAGGCUACGUGGAGAUGAGGCCUGGCGAGCCACGCGCGCGCACCCCGCCGGCCCCCAUCCCGGUGCCUGCGGCCCCCGCCACGCCCGCCACGCCGGCCACGCCGGACGGGUACGUGGAGAUGCACUACGGGCGUGCGGCCACGCGGCCCAUCGCCAUCGGGGCCCCGCGCCCCCCGCCGCCGCUGGCCGCGUCCCCCGACGACAGACGGCGCCGCGAGCCCCGCACCCCGCACGGCUCGCAGACGCUCUUCGACAUGUCGCUGGACUCGCCCGCCUCGCCGCAAGAUGUCGACGCCGACAUAUUGGAGGAGGACCCGCCGCACCACCCGCUCAGUACGGUGCGCGAGAUAUCGGAGGACGGUCGCCGCAGCCCCGAGAUGGCGGCGGCGCCGCGACGAAGCCCCGAAGUGUCGGUAUCGCCGCAGUACGUGACGCUGGCGCUCACGGCGGCACCCCCCAAGACGCCCGAGCCUUGCGGGGAGGAGCUCUCCUGUAACCCCACCGCUAAUAAGACUAUCGCUAGGGUACCUGACCCUAUCGAACCCAGAGUGUGCGCAGGGUGGGCGGCGGAGGGCGGGGCGGCGACGCUGGUGGUGGCGGGGGGCGGGCGGCCGCUGAACUACGCGGCGCUGGACCUGGAGCCGCGCCGCGCGCCGCCCGCCGCCACGCAGCGCGCCUACACGCAGAUCGACUUCCUGCGCAGCGAGAAGCUGCACGUCGCCGACUCCUAGGCCGCGCCUGUACGUAAGCUGUGAAUGUGUCAAAUUAAUGCGUCAGACUGAAUCUUUUGUCGCGGUAUCGACGGUCCGAGCAGUGAGUCGAAUCCUAACAUUUCUUUACGCAUAAGCUUUAAUUUUUUAUAGAUGAUCGCGAAACUGUUUUCCGCAAUAUACCUCAUUUUUCCUUUAACAAUAAACACGUUGAAUAUAAACUUUAUUGGAAUCUGUUAGUGUGUUCAUUGGUUUCCUUAGUUGUAACAGUGGGUUCGACUCCCCGCGUGGGCCAGCAGGCACGCUGUGCGUUGUAGCUGCAGUGUUGAUGGAUCGCAUACGGUCGGCGUGCACGCCGCAUUUAUAUGAGACGUAGCCAAACAGGUGUAUCAGUUACUCUUUUUAUUACAGAGUAUAUAUUUU